GUUUUUGCCUGCUAGGCUGACGCAAAAACUCUGAAUAGCCGUUUAACAAAGCAGAGGAUGCCUCGCACGACCACCGUCGAGUGCCCUGGUUGCCCUCCGUUUCGAGCCCUGACCUUCGAUGCCCUUGGUCUCAUCAAAGUAAUCGAAGCUCGAGGCAAAGAAGGAGGGGUUCCCAAAGUGGUAGACAGAUGGGGAGAUCCUGACGCUUCCAAAUGCGUUCUUGCUGCUUCCAUUGAUGACCGCAAGACCGACCCGUUAUUAGCUGUUGCAAGAAAAAGUGGUAUGGUUGAGGUACUUAAUCCUCUUAAUGGUGAACUUUCUGUUACGGUUUCAAAUGUUAAUAGUGGUAGUACUAGACCAGAAGAUGAUGCUAUUGUGGGUUUGCAUUUAUUCAGAAGACAGAGGCUGGAGUUAACAUCCAGGUCAUGCACUUUGCUCACAUGUACAACAAAAGGAAAUGCGAGCAUAAGGUCGGUUGAAAUGACUGAUUCUUCAGCAGAUUCUGUUGCCUCAAAAACGUGGAGUGUAUGCACCUCUGGUAAUAUCUCAUGUUCUCAAGUGGAUGGAAGUGAAAGCUAUGCGAUAUUUGGAGGGAAGGGUGUUGAAGUUAAUAUGUGGGAUCUAGACAAAUGUACUCAGAUUUGGACUGCAAAACCUCCUCCUAAGAACAGCCUUGGUAUUUUUACCCCUAGUUGGUUUACAUCUGCAACAUUCCUCAGCAAAGAUGAUCACCGUAAAGUUGUGGCUGGCACCAACAGCCACCAGGUUCGCCUUUAUGAUGUUUCUGCUCAACGAAGACCAGUUAUAUCAUUUGACUUCAGGGAGACCUCCAUAAAAGCAGUUACUGAAGACCUAGAUGGCCAUACAAUCUAUAUAGGGAAUGGCUCUGGUGACCUUGCUUCUGUGGAUAUACGCACAGGUAAAUUGUUGGGAUGCUUUUUGGGAAAGUGUUCUGGAAGCGUCCGAUCCAUUGCUCGGCACCCUGAACUUCCAGUGAUAGCAUCAUGUGGUUUGGACAGCUAUUUGCGCAUUUGGGAUAUAGGAACAAGGCAACUUCUUUCAUCGGUUUUCCUGAAGCAGCAUCUUACAAAAGUUGUUUUUGAUACAAAUUUUACUGAAGAAGUUAGACACACUGCGGCAGAUUCAGCACUGCAUGAAGCACAGAACAUAGGUGAAGUCCAAUCCGCAGAUGAAACAGAAAAACUGCCUACAAAAAGGAAGAAAUCAUCCAAAGAAGAUAGAGGGAGCAGAAAGAAGGCGUCUAAAGAUAAGGAUGGAAGCAAGAAGUUGAAAUCCAAGAAAAGAAGCAAAAGCUUAGAGAAUGAGUUUGCUGAUGAUGCAUAGAUGAAGUAUUGCUCACACCGGAAGGCACUGGCGUCAAACAUCAUACAUUGUGAUCAGGAAGGCAUGGUAAAGAAGCAGGCAGCAGAUGGUUGAAAUUUAAGCAAAGGAAGUUGCUGUAUGUCAGGUUUGACAGAAAAUAUGCGAGCCUUACAAGAGGACUUAAGAUUUCUCCAAAAGAAAAUGUGUUAGGAUAGUGUAAUUGAUAGUAUUAAAUUGGUUUCUAAGUUAUUGAAAAGAGCCUGUAUUUCAUCUGAGUGAGUCAUGCAAAACUCAUUUUUGUUUUCCAAUCUAAUGCCAUCAUAUUUUAACUCCA